UCCCCCCUAUAUCAGAUGUCCCUAUCAGAGUCCCCCUUUACAUCAGAAGUCCUCAUCAGAGUCCCCCUUUAUAUCAGGAGUCCUCAUCAGAGUCCCUCUUUACAUCCUGUCUACUCACCAGAGUCCCCUCUUUACAUCAGGUUCCCAUUUGAGUGUCCCCUUCCAUCAGGUAUCCCUACCAAAAUCCCCCCUUACAUCAGUGUCCCCAUCAGAAUACCCUGUUACAUCCAAAGCCCUAUCAGAGUGUCCCCUUACAUCAAGAUUCCCACCAGAGUACCUCCUUACAUCAGUGUUCCCAUCAGAGUGCCCCCUUACAUCAGGGUUCCCAUCACAAUGCCCCCUUACAUCAGGUGUCCCCAUCAGAGUGCCCCCUUACAUCAAUGUUCCUAAUAAAGUCCCCCUUACAUCAAUUGUCUUUAUCAGAGUGUCCCCUUACAUAUGAUUAGUUAUCCCCAUCAGAUUGCCCCUAUACAUAGAGUGUCCCCAUCAGAGUGCCCCCUUACAUCAACUGUCUCCAUCAGACUGGCUCAUGGAUCAGUGGAUGCACUCUCAGAGACCUGGGGUGGCAGAGCUAAAAUCUGGGGGGCACCGCCCACCCCAGCACCCCCCUAGAUCCGACCCUGAUUUCA